GGCAAACUUUGAAAUCUAUUCCCAGCAAGCUCCAUGCUUUUCUUCAACAAAAUUAAUUAAAACUUCAACCACCAUCCAUCAAUCAACCAUCUUUCUAUGGAUUUUGGAAUUCAAACUCAGGGGGGCUCUGCAACAAAAACUUCAUUUCGUUGAAUUUCAAAGCCCAAAUGACUCCUUCAUGGCAUUAGACCCAUAUCCGAGCCUUGAUUCUGCUAGGCUUCUGAUUGGCCCAAAAUCUAGGGUUCAUCCAUAUCUAAUCUAGUCCAUUGAACUCCAAAUCUGAAACCCAUUUUUAUUUUUUUUCUGAUUUCUCUCAUGUUCAAUUAAUAUCUGUGAUUUGUUCCAUCUUUGUCCACAUAAACUUCCCAGUUCAUUCAUUAUUAGCUAGAAAUCAGGCAAGAGCUUCUUCUUCUACUCUACUUAACCCAAAAAUUAAUGCUUACGUACAGAAAUACAGUAUACACAAAGACCGUACGGCCUUUUCAGAAGCCCACUACGCGUCACUCCCUGUCCUCACUCUAAUUGACUAGUCAUUUCCUCUCCUUUCCCUCUCUCUCUCUCUCUGCGCCCACAGCAAUGGUGUCACUAUUGUCUUUCUUCUUCGUCUUCUUCACCUUCGCCAACCUCUGCAACUCCCAACAACCCACCACCACCAAAGAUUACCUCCAGCUCCCACUUCUCCACAAGCAGCCCUUCUCUUCGCCCUCACAAGCCCUCUCCCACGACACCCACCGCCUCUCCCUCCUCCACGCUCGCCGCCACGACAUCAAAUCCCCCGUCGUUUCCGGCGCCUCCACCGGCUCCGGCCAGUACUUCGUCGAUCUCCGCCUCGGCACCCCACCCCAGAGCCUCCUUCUCGUUGCAGAUACGGGCAGUGAUCUGGUAUGGCUCACCUGCUCCGCCUGUUCCAACUGCUCCAAUCGCGACCCCGGUUCGGCUUUCCUCGCCCGCCACUCCUCCACAUUCUCCCCGUACCACUGCUACGACUCCGCCUGCACACUCGUCCCCCAACCCGACCCGAGUCCCUGUAACCGCACCCGCCUCCACAGCCCUUGUCGUUACGAGUACACCUACUCCGACGGAUCCCUAACGGCCGGGUUCUUCUCCAGAGAAACGACGACGUUGAAAACCAGCUCCGGGAGAGAAACCCAGCUUCCAAACUUAUCGUUCGGGUGCGGGUUUCGGGUCUCGGGUCCGAGUGUCACCGGUCCGAGCUUCAAUGGGGCACACGGAGUUAUGGGCCUGGGACGUGGGCCCAUCUCGUUCGCGUCUCAACUGGGCCGCCGGUUCGGGAACAAGUUCUCGUACUGUCUCAUGGACUACACCCUAUCCCCGCCUCCGACUAGCUACCUGAGAAUCGGCGGAGGCUUCCCGCACGACGUCGUUUCGAAAAUUCGCUUCACCCCCUUGCUAUUGAACCCUCUCUCCCCCACAUUUUACUACAUUGGGAUCAAGAGUGCAUCCGUCAACGGCGUUAAAUUACCUAUUCACCCCUCCGUCUGGUCCCUCGACAAGGCCGGUAAUGGCGGCACCGUCAUCGACUCGGGAACCACGCUAACCUUUUUACCCGAGCCGGCUUACCGCCUCAUCCUGGCGGCGUUUAAGCGGAGCUUGAGACUCCUUGCGAAGCCAGCCAAGCCGACUACGGGCUUCGAUCUUUGCAUCAACGUGUCGGGGGUGGCGAGGCCGAGUCUACCCAGGCUGAGUUUCAGACUCGUCGGGAACGCGUUGUUCGCUCCGCCGCCGAGUAGCUACUUCAUAGACACGGCGGAGCAGGGAAAGUGCUUGGCGAUCCAGCCCGUGGAUUCCGGGUCGGGUUUUGGGGUGAUAGGGAAUCUGAUGCAACAAGGUUUCCUGUUCGAGUUUGACAGGGACAAGUCGCGGCUCGGUUUUUCACGUCAUGGCUGUGCGCGACCGUGACAACGAAACGAGUCCGAGGCAUGACUCGGGGCUGAGUCCAAACUCAUUUUGUUUUCCUCUUCUUUUUAUUUUUUUCCACUUUGAUUUUAAUAAUUAAUUGUUUCUAAGUAUAGAGUGAAAUUAUUUUUGGACAUUGUGAUGUGUUGUGUGUGGGGAGGGGAUUUGGUUGUUUUUGUUUUUCCUUUUUUAAUUGGUUUUCCCCAA